UCAGUGUAUGUUGUUUUUUUUAGAUAGAAUGAAGUUAGUGAGUGAUGUUCAUGGAAAACAAGUAAAGCAAUCAUUGUAAUUUGUUUGUGGUUAUAUUUUAUUUCGACUUAUUUCAAAAACGUACCGUAAAUACAGUUUACGCUUUACAAGUGAUCGUUUUCGGGUACAAACUAAUCGGAAUAAAUAAAGUGAAUGACGAGUGUCCGGCUUACAUGUUCGUUAAAAGUGCAGUGCAAGUUGUUGAAGAUCGGUGUAAAAAUGAAGCGUAGUGCUAUUGUCGCUUUUUAGCGAUGUGUGAAUUAAAUAUAUCGGAUUGAAAGUGCUUAUAAAUUCAUGGUGUUUUUAAAAGAAAUAGUGCCAUUGGGAAAAAAUAGUUCGAAUCAUAGGGUCCUUAGACGAGCAGACGGAUUCUAUCAUGGUCGUAAAACGUGCUGCGGACAGUGCGGACUCACCGAUACUGGAGGAGGCGGGCGAGAGCGGCUCUGAACAGAAGCCCAAGCCUCUACUUAAAUAUGGAGAACUUGUUAUACUUGGAUACAAUGGGUUCCUACCGAACGGCGAGCGCGGUCGGCGCCGGAGUAAAUUUGUUCUGUACCGGCGGCCGCAGGCGAACGGCGUGCGGCGGUCGAAGCACUACGUGGUGAAGACGCCGCUCAACACGAAGGCGAUCCUCGACGCCAGCCAGCACUCCAUCUCGUACACGCUCAGCCGCAGCCAGGCUGUCAUCGUCGAGUACACGGAGGACCCCGACACAGAUAUGUUUCAAGUCGGGAGAUCGUCGGAGCCGCCGAUCGACUUCGUUGUGAUGGACACGGUGGCGGGCGACAAGAGCGGCGACACCAAGAUCGUCCAGAGCACGAUCUCGCGGUUCGCCUGCCGCAUCAUCGCCGACCGCAACGACGUCAACAACUGCCGCAUCUACGCCGCCGGCUUCGACUCCUCCAGCAACAUAUUCCUUGGGGAAAAGGCGACGAAAUGGACGGAGAACCAUGAGAUAGACGGGCUGACGACGAACGGCGUGCUGAUCAUGCACCCGCGCGGCGACUUCUGCGGCGGCAGCGCCACGUGCGGGCCGUGGCGCGAGAUCUCCCUGGGCGGCGCUGUCUUCUCGCUGCGGGAGAGCCGCUCCGCGCAGCAGAAGGGCUUACCUUGUCAGGCGGAAAACAACGUGUUACGAGACGGCACGAUGAUAGACUUGUGUGGCGCCACACUGCUGUGGAGAAGCGCCGAAGGACUUAAGAAUUCACCGACAAAGCGAGACCUGGAGGCGUUGGUUGACGAGCUGAACGCGGGGCGGCCGCAGUGCCCCGUCGGCCUCAACACGCUGGUCAUCCCGCGCAAGCUGUCCGCCGCGCAGCAGGACCUCAACCAGCCCUACGUGUACCUCAACUGCGGCCACGUGCAGGGCGAGCACUCGUGGGGCGCGGAGGGCAGCUCGUCGGGCGUGCGGCGCUGCCCGAUGUGUCUGACGGCGGGGCCGGUGGUGUGCGUGUGUAUGGGCAUAGAGCCCGCCUUCUACGUCGACGCUGGCCCGCCCACGUAUGCGUUCAACCCGUGCGGGCACAUGGCCAGCGAGCGGACCGUCAAAUACUGGGCUGGCGUGGACAUCCCUCACGGCACGAACGGGUUCCACGCGAUCUGCCCGUUCUGCGCCGCGCCGCUGCAGGGCACGCCCGGCUUCGUGCGACUCAUAUUCCAGGACAACCUCGAUUGAACGGGUUUCGACAACCCACGCAAUUUAUGAAAGAAAAUAACAUCCUGAUUCGCCUAAUUAUGUCAUUAUUCAGUAGGCUUACGUCGAGUUUGUAAUUUAACAUCCAGGACUUAAACUGCUUUACUGACAUGAGCUAAAAAUGUUUGUAAAAGUUGGAGGGUAUAUCCCGGCCACCGAACACAAAAAAUCUGGCUACUGACUUAUCGCUACUUGUCUUUUAUUCACACGCAAAAAUCUUGUUAUCGUGCCUCUAUAAUACUUAUGGAAACUAGAUACGCAAUCUAUGCGCGUAACAAGUAGCGAUAGGGCAUUAUCUGAAAUUCUAAAUGUUCAGUGACCAGGCUAUACAGAAUACAAUAUGGCUACAUGCUAUCAUAAGCUAAGCCUUCUGACUGUUGUGUUAUCUGUCAACACUUUGAGAACAUAUUCAUGACUGCACCGAUUGUUUGUUUGGAAUCUCAUAUAACAUUUGUCUAGUUUGUAAAUUAAGACAACUAUAGAGGCAUUAACCGUAACUAUUGCUUGAAAAAUACAAUUUUAAUGUCAUUAACUGCCUCUAUUACAUUAACUUUUAAGGGAUGUAUAAUG